UCCUCUCGAAAGAUGGCAGGACAGCGCCUGAUUGUGAGCUGCUUCCUUGCAGGGCUCCUCUUCAGCCGGGGUCUGGCUAUCAGCCUCCCUGUCCUCAAUCUCUAUGCUGUGGUUGGGGAGAUCUUUGUCCACGAGUUUGAAAUAGACGACUUUAAGGAUGCCUUUCCCUCCUCCAUGGACGAAAAUGAGCCGCCUGAGGCCCCUGUCACUUUCCACACCAAUCUCCUGGAUCACCCAGAUUUGCCCCGCUGGCUGCGCUACAUUCAACGGACCCCCUACCAGACGGGCUAUCUCUACGGGUCCCCCACAAGCAAAGAACUCGGCAAGCAAACAAUUGAGGUGAAGGCAUAUAACAGAUAUACUUAUGAGACUGCGAGGCAAACCAUGAUCAUCACAAUUGCCCCAUCUUCAGAUGGAGAAAUGCCAUACCAGGCUGACUUCCUGGUGAAGAACUGGGACGUGGAGGAAGUGCUGCCAGCAGAUAUCCAGGAUCUUUUCCAGCAAGCUGUGGACAGCAUGUGGGAACAAGAUGGCCUGACCGUCGUCAAUAUUACCUCAGCGUUGGACAGGGGAGGCCGGGUACCUUUGCCCAUUGAAAACCGGAAGGAAGGGUAA